UAAUUGCCAUGGCAUGAGCAAACGGAGCCUUUGGUGGGGGGGGAUCAGAGAGACAUUUUUUCCCCCAGACACUUCCAUCACUAUCCACAAAGUUAAGCCCGAGGGAAACUUCAGUUAUCCUUAGCUAAACCAGUGUUGGGUAAGACUUUCUCCUACAUUCUGACUUCAUCCAAGAGCAACCUCAAGUGGAAAUGUACCUGAAGUUCCUAUUCCUGUUUCCUGUGCUGUGGCUAUUGGUACUUAACUCCAGCAGGAUUCAAGGCCAGAACAACGAAGACAGUAACGAGUUCCCAGAACAUUCUCCUGAGCUGCUCAAUCAUCAAGAUACUUCCUGGGCUCCAGAUUGUCCGAAAAAAUGCACAUGCACCUCAGAAGGAAUUGUGGAUUGUGGUGGAUUUUCACUGAAAGAAUUCCCCAUGGGUGUCCCAGAAAUGACAAGCCACCUUUCUUUACAGAACAACCAGAUAGAAACAAUCAUUCCAGAACAGCUUGAACGUCUCCCCUGGCUAGAAACAUUGAAUUUACAAAACAACAGACUCACAUCCAAAGGGCUUCCAGAGAAUACAUUUGACCAGCUGGAGAAUUUGAAUUACCUGUACCUUGCAAAUAACCAGCUCACAAUGGCUCCAAAGUUCCUUCCACAGGCUUUGAUCAGUGUGGAUUUUGCCGCCAAUAAUCUCACCAAAAUUUAUGAUCUGACUUUUGGACAAAAACCAAACCUGAGGUCAGUCUACCUUCACAACAAUAAGCUUGAUGAUGCCGGACUACCAGAAAACUUGUUCAACGGUUCUGACAAUGUGGAAAUCUUGAUCAUGUCCAGCAACUUCUUAAAAUAUGUUCCAAAGAAUCUACCACGGGCAUUGUACAAGCUACACCUUAAGAAUAACAAAUUGGAGAAGAUUCCUGUAGGAGCUUUCAAUGAGCUGUCAGAUCUUCGAGAAUUAUAUUUGCAGAACAAUAAAUUAAACAAUGAGGGGAUGGACAAUGAAACCUUUUGGAAACUCUCAAGCCUCGAGUACCUGGAUUUGUCUAGCAAUAAUCUUUCCCAGAUUCCACCCGGUUUGCCUCGAAACAUUGUCCUUCUCCACUUAGAGAAGAAUGCAAUAACAUCAAUUGGCAAUGAUGUCUUGACCCAAAUCAAAAACUUGGAAUAUCUUCUGCUUCACAAUAACAAACUCAAGGCCCGAGAGAUCCAUCCACUGGCUUUUCAUGGUCUGAAGAAAUUGCACACUGUUCAUUUAUAUAACAACCUGCUGGAAACAAUCCCCAGUGGGCUGCCCAGACGAGUAAAAACUCUUAUGAUUCUCUACAAUCAGAUUUCAGAAAUUGGCAGGGAGGAUUUUGCCACUACUUAUUUUAUGGAAGAACUAAACCUGAGCUACAAUAAGAUCACCAGCUCACAGAUUCAUCGGGAGUCUUUCCGUAAACUGAAGCUACUGAAGUCAUUAGAUCUUUCUGGCAACAAACUCCGCACCAUGCCUCAUGGCUUCCCCAAGAAUUUGCAAAGCCUCAAGUUAAAAAUGAAUUUGAUCAGUUCCAUUCCCAAACGCACACUCUCUGGAAUGUCAAAGCUGCAGGAGCUUUAUCUCAGCGCCAACAAAUUGAAAAACAAUUUAAUUCAUAGUGGAUCAUGGAGAGAUCUCACCAGUCUUAAGAUACUGGACAUGGCUGCCAAUCAACUGACUUCGAUUCCAUCUGGCUUACCAGAAACUCUAGAGUAUCUAUAUCUCCAGAGCAAUAAGAUCAGCAUUGUGCCAGAAGAUGCCUUUGAUUCCACGCCCAAUAUCAAGGGAAUUUAUCUCAGGUUUAACAAGAUUGCAUUCAGUGCUGUGAAAGAGAGCACUUUCCAAAGACUGAAGCAUCUGCAAGUGCUGGACAUUGAAGGAAAUUUUGAAUUCAGUGACCCCUUAAGAAAUGAGGAUCACUCAGAGGAGGAAAUGGAGGAAGAAGAGUAACAGGAAGUGGCAUUUACCUGAAAACAAAUCUUUGCUAACCAAAGCGUAUCACAUGGUAGAAGAUUAAGUUAAACGCUUUUCUAAGGACACACAUAAAUUAUCUCAUUUAUUCAACCCACGCAUCUGUGACAAAAACAAAGCUCUUUAUGGCCCCAUCCCAUGAAUGGCUAAGUUAGCAAACAAACAUAUAGUUCACAAGUCUACAUCAUUAUAAUUGAUAACACCACAGAUGAACAAGUGCUAAGGAUAAUAUAUCUGCAUUGGCCAGCAGUAUCAUAUUGAAUUGAAUUGAAUUUAUUGCAUUUAUAUGCCGCCCUUUUCCCCGAAGGGGACUCAUAAUAUCCAUUAUGGCUUUAAGGUACCUCAUACCACAGGCUGAUUCUGCACUGAUAGGCUCUGGAUUUUGUGGCUCAAAUAUAUCAUAUUUCCUUAAUAGGAAGACAAAGUGUGUGUUUUUAAUCUGAAUAAUUACCUGUAUAUUGGAAUGGAGGAUGUCUUAGCAUGGAGGUUCUCAUUUAAGAGCAGCAAGCAAUGAAAUGAAAUUGGCUGUAACAGAGAAUUAAUCUCACUCCACCCUCUUGUCUGUCCUGCAUAAUAUAUAUAUAUAUAUAAUUUUCCUCCAUUGUUAUAAGAAAAAUAAUUCCUCAUCCCUCUGAAAAAAUUUGGGGACAUCACUAUCUCAUUGUGGGCCCCCAGGGUGAAAAACGCUACCCCUGUCUAAAGGCCUUUGAAAGUCUUUAGAACAUUUUUAAAGAAUCAUAUCAAUGAUUGAACUUCAGAAACAGACAACCAGUGGACCUCCUUAUACUGCUAAAUUAAAACACUGUAUGACUUACCAUCUGCCACCUUAAUUAAGGCAAUAGAAAUUGCAAUUCAUUGACAUCUGGAGAGCCAUUGAUUUAGCUGUAAAAUGGAUAUAUAUACACACACACACACACAUACAUAAA